AGCAGACUCGGUAUGUAGCUGAAAUUUGUAUAAACCUACUACAAAUGGCUACUAUUACCACUGAGUGCACUAUUACAAAUGAUGCUGGCCACAAUCUAGUAUUGAGUUCGUCGAACUACGAAACUGCUGCGGAAACGAUCAAGAAAGCAGAAACAACAACUUUUACGCUGACUAUGCCAGCCAUCUAUCUGAACGCAGCUCCUGUGUAUGAAGUUGGUUCUAGCCUCAGGUGGAUCAUUUUUUGGACCACUGAUAAUCAGGUCUCUACUAAGAUGUUCAAAAUUAAUGACCCCCCCGAUUGGAAAAAAGUUGCAAACAAUCUUAUAUCCCACCACAAGAGCGAAGAUCGGCUUAUUUCUGGCGAUUUUCAAUACACCGCAUGGGCAAGUAUUGAAUCACAACCAAAUUCUAACGGUCAAGUAUUAACCGCCAAUAUCUACGCCACUGCCCACAAGCCACGGCCGACGUUGCCGAUGGUGAUCCGCAUGGGCACUAUAUUUAUCUUCUUUUAUAUUCUUAUUAUCCUUCAAUCAAAAUACGAUGAAAUAUAUAAAUGAAAGUAAGAUUUGUAA